GUCCGCCAUUCUCAGGUUUGACUGUGAGUCUGAGGGAAGCUCUAGUGUGUCCCGUGCUUUGCGCUGUGACCGGCUACUAGGAGCUGUGAGGAGAGCGGGCGAGCUGGGGAUCCGCGCCAUGGAUGCAGUGACCUAUGAGGAUGUGUAUGUGAAAUUCACUCAUGAAGAGUGGGCUUUGCUGAAUCCUUCCCAGAAGACUCUCUACAAAGAUGUGAUGCUGGAGACAUGCAGGAACCUCACUGCUAUAGGCUACAAAUUGCAAGAUGACAACAUUGAAGAGCACUGUCCAAGUUCUAGAGGAUGUGGAAGGUAUAACAUCUAUGGAUACAAGUCUUGUGAGCAUAAGGGACAUGGACAGAAGCAAUGUACCUUUGCACAGAAGAGUUUUCUUCAAACAUAUGAAAGAAUCCGUUCUGAAGAGAAACCCUAUGAAUGCAAUCAGUGCAGUAAAGCCUUUGCAAAUUUCCGUAGUCUUCAAAAACAUGAAAAAAAUCAUACUAGAGAAAAACCCUAUGAAUGUAAUCACUGUGGUAAAGCCUUUCCAAGUCGCAGUGCUCUUCAGAUUCACCAAAGAACUCACACUGGAGAGAAACCCUUUGAUUGCAGUGAAUGUGGUAAAGCCUUUGCACGUCAUAGUAAUCUUGAUAUACACAAAAGAACUCAUACCGGAGAGAAACCCUAUGAUUGCAAUGAAUGUGGUAAAGCCUUUUCAACUCGCAGUCAUCUUCAAAUACAUGAAAUAAUUCAUACUGGUGAGAAACCCUAUGUAUGUAAUCAGUGUGGUAAAGCCUUUGCAUAUCGCAGCAAUCUUGAAGCACAUGAGAAAACACACACUGGAGAGAAACCCUAUGAGUGUAAUCAGUGUGGCAACGUCUAUGCAAGUCGUAGUAGUCUUCGAAAUCAUGAAAAACAUCAUACUGGAGAAAAACUCUAUGGAUGUAAUCAAUGUGGUAAAGCCUUUGCACGUCGUAGUAGUCUUGAAAUACAUGAAAGAACUCACACCGGAGAGAAACCUUAUGUAUGUAAUCAGUGCUGUAAAGCCUUUGCACGUCGCAGUAGUCUUCAAAUACAUGAAAGAAGUCACACUGGAGAGAAACCCUAUGAAUGUAAUCAGUGUGGUAAAGCCUUUGCAAGUCGUACUAGUCUUCAAAAUCAUGAAAAACAUCAUACUGGAGAGAAACCAUAUGGAUGUAACCAAUGUGAUAAAGCCUUUGAAUUAAAGUGUGAUCUUCAAAUUCAUGAAAGAAUUCACACUGGAGAGAAACCGUAUGUAUGUAAUCAGUGUGGUAAAGCCUUUGUAAGUCGUCGUUAUCUUCGAAAUCAUGAAAAACAUCACACUCUUGAGAAACUCUAUGAUUGUAGUCAAUGUGGUAAAUCCUUUGCAAUUUUCAGAUAUCUUCAAAAACAUAAAAAAACUCAUACUGGAGAGAAACCAUAUAAAUGCACUCAUUGUGGUAAAGCCUUUGCAUAUCGCAGUAAUCUUUAUAGACAUGAAAGAAGUCAUACUGGAGAGAAACUGUAUGAAUGUAAUGAAUGUGGUAAAGCCUUUGCAUAUCGCAGUAAUCUUUAUAGACAUGAAAGAAGUCAUACUGGAGAGAAACUGUAUGAAUGUAAUGAAUGUGGUAAAGCCUUUGCAUAUCAUACUAGUCUUCAUAAUCACAAAAAAUGUCAUAUUGGAGAGAAUCCUUACGAAUGUAAUUGAUGCAGUAAGUUUUGGCACAUCAGCUCAUCAAAGAACUUAUAUUGGAGAGAAACCCUAUGAAUGUAAUCAGUGGGAUAGUGCCUCUGCAUCUUAUAGUCUUCUUCAAAAGCACGAAAGAAUCCCUACUGGAGAGAAACACUAUGAAUCUAAUAAGUGCCGUAAACCCUUGCACACCAAGCAUAUAUUUUUUUUUUUUUGUCACUAAACCAUCUAACUGGUGCUCAUGUACAAUUAAUAGAACCGUUUCAUCAUUAAAAUAUUGUCUUGUUUUCAAAUUGUAUACAAAUUGUCAUUCAUGGAUAGAGGAACACAAAUAUUUGAAUAAUAAAACCUAUUUGCAAAUGAAAAUGAUAUACUGCCAUCUAUUUUUGUUGGCUAUGUUUUUUUCUGAGGAGUAACUACUUCCCAACACUUCCUCAGAAACACGAAUGUCAGAGAAGUUUCCCAGUGAGUAAAGAUAGUUACUGCUAAACAUGAUGACCUGAGAUUAUUCUGGGAGACCCAUGGUACUCAUGCAAGUUUUUUUCUGAUUAUUAAAUACUUGGGCUGUGACAUGUGCACACCCAGACAACAGCACAUACAUAAAUAGUUUUGAAACUUAAAUAAGGACCAGUGAGUUCACUCACUACUUGAAGGCACUGCUGUGUAACUUGACUGUCUGGGCUUGAUCUCUCAAACUCAGAGGAAGAAGGAAAUUAAACACCUGAAAGUUGUCUUCUGAUUGACACAUGCUCAUCAUAGCACAGGUGUGUUUUUUUUUUAAAUUUAUUUAUGUAUAUGUGUACACUGUUGCUAUCUUCAGAGGCACCAG